CAGCCUUAGAUUUGAUUAUUAAACCAAGGUGUUAUAUAUACAUUGACAACAUGGCAGGCUUGCUUAAAUCAAUAACUGAUGAUAAAGCAUUGGAAAAUAACAUGGAGUUAUUGCAGCAGAUUGCACUGAGAGCGUCACUCCAGGAUGAAGGCCAUUCAAUUUAUCGCAUGAUCGCAACUGCACGGAUUGGAAACGAAUUGUAUCAACGAGUUACUGGUAAACGUAAGAUUAUGGAAUACAAAAAACAAUGUAUAGCUAACAUCACAGCGUUUAUACAAAACAACCCAAAAGCUUCAAACAACGUUCUAAAACAAGAAGUUGAGAAUCAGAUAGCCAUAUUUGCUGUUAAUGUUUCUACCAUUUCAGUUUUAGGUUGAAAUAUAUGGUUUUGUAAUUCUUAAUGAUGGAAAUUAACCUUUUACCGAAAUAUGCAUUACAACUAUUGAAUAAAGGGCUUUGUGUAUAUUGUUAUUGCAUGGUGAACUUGAAAUACAUAUAGUAACAUUAAGAUAUAGAUAUUCAGUUUUUAUAACUUUGGUAUAGGGCAUACUAUCGAUAUGUUAUAUAAAUUUACUUUUAAUUUAACAAACAUUUAACAGAUUGCAUUUAUACAUGUUUUAUAGCCUUCUCUAUUUUACAUUUAUACUAAUAAACAUUUAUACAAAUAUUAUAUGCUAUAUUAUACAUCAUACAUAUUAAUAAAACUGCACUAUGUUAUGAAAAAAAAAUCUGGAUUUUAUCAUCCAUUUUACACAUGUCAGCGAAAAAUCAUGUAAUAAAGAUUUGUUUAUAACAUAUGUUGCUCUUUACAUCAAGACCCCCCCCCCCCAUUAUUAGAUACUAUGUUUUACUUUUAACACUGCUUGUUGUUGUGAAAUACAUUAUUUAACAUUGGCACUGUUUUUGGGGUAUAUACAUUCUA